AUGCGCUCCCAACACCUCCUCCUCGCCCUCUUCUCCGCGGCCUCCUCCCCCCUCGCAUCCGCCACCUCCCCCUUCUACACCGAUAACGAGCAGCAGCGGCAACGCCCCAUCGUCGACGCCGCCUCCGACUUCAAAUGCGACCUCCCGCCCCCCGUGUCCCCCUCCGACGGCCUCCCCUCCGCCGCCGACCUCUUCUCCUCCCCUGACGCCGUCCGCAAGCAGGUCGAGCGCCACGCCGCCCUCGUCCGCGUGCCAUCUAUCUGCUACGACGACCUCGGCGACUUUGACAAGGAUGACCGCUGGCGCGUCUUUUACGAUCUGCACGACGUCCUCAAGAAGACGUACCCGGUCUUCCACGCCCGCGCAGAGCUCGUCAAGGUAAACACCUUCGGCCUCGUCUACACCCUCCGCGGCACCGACCCCUCUCUCAAGCCCAUCCUCCUCGCUGCCCACCAGGAUGUCGUCCCCGUCGCCGACGCCGCCACCUGGACUUACCCGCCCUUCUCCGCCCACUUCGACGGCGAAUGGAUGUGGGGCCGCGGCGUCUCGGACGACAAGAACUCCUUCACCGCCCUCCUCUCCGCCCUCGAGACCCUCCUCUCCCAGCCGGCGGCCCCGGGGAGCGCCUCCUCCUCCUCCUCCUCCGCCGGCAGCGGCGGUCAGUGGGCCCCGACCCGCACCAUCAUCCUCGCCUCUGGCUUCGACGAGGAGUGCUCCGGCGCCCGCGGCGCGGGCCACAUUGCCGUCCACCUCCAGCGCCUCUGGGGCAACGACAGCAUGGCUCUCGUCCUCGACGAGGGCGGCAUGGGUCUGCAACUCCUCGACGACGGCCGCACCCUUUACGCCCUGCCCGCCGUCACCGAAAAGGGCCACGUCGACAUCUGGCUCGACCUGCACGUCACCGGCGGCCACUCGUCCGUCCCUUUCCCCCACACCGGCAUCGGCAUCGUCUCUGAGAUGGUCGUCGCCCUCGAGUCCCGCCCCUACAGCCCCAAGCUCACCACCUCCUCGCCCCUCUACGAGCACAUGGUCUGCCAGGCCCGCUACUCGCCCGACGCCCAGCCGCGUGUGACGGAGCUGCUCGAGAGCGGCGACCUCGACGCCCUCGCCGCCGAGCUCGUCACCAUCGACCGUCCGACGCACUACCGCCUGCAGACCUCCCAGAGCGUCGACUACUUCCAGGCCGGCCAGAAGAUCAACGCCAUGCCCGAGAAGGUCCGCGUCGGCGUCAACUACCGCGUCGCCCCGCAGAACAGCGUCCCCGAGAUCCAGCACAACGUCGUCGCCUACGUCAGCGGCAUCGCCGAGAAGUACGGCAUCACCGUCAAGGCCUUCGAGGGCGACGACGACUACAAGGAGUACGCGCGGCAGCACGCGACGAGCGACCUCGGGCGCAUCGAGAAGCCCUACGACGCCGUGAAGCCCCUGUAUGACGUCGACUACAACGGCACCCUGUACCUGAGCCGCACCCAGGCGACGCUGCCCGCGCCCCUUUCGCCGACCAAGGGCCCCAUCUGGGAUCUCUUUUCCGGUACGCUGCAGUCCAGCUUCGCCUUCGACGGAGGCAAAGUCGUACCCGUCGGCGAACUCAUGACCGGCAACACCGACACGAGACACUACUUGAGUAAGUCAAAGGAGGAGGAGAACGAGUGUACAUGUGAAGCGUGGAUGGAUGAUGAACUGACUGAUCGUGAAAUAGACCUCACGCCCAACGUCUACCGUUUCGUGCCCAUCCGGAACGGCGCCACCAUCAACGCCCACACCAUUGAUGAGAGAAUCAAAAUCAGCGCACACAUGGAGAUCCUGAGGUUUUACUACGAUCUGAUCCGCAACUUUGACGCCGCCAAGGUCUAA